CACAUUCAUUUCUGACACUCUGCGGUGUUAGCCGUGACCAACACUUCUUACGGAUCUUUAACCUUAAAACGUGUCAACGCAAGAGGUCGAAUUAAAAAAAAAAGUUGUUAUUUAUAAUUAAGUGUGCGGGCGAGUUAUCGUAUUGGACUAAACAAAAAGAAUAGACAAAGAAACACUAGAAACCACAUGAACAUUGGUAAAUAACUUUCAUACUUGUGAUACCAGCUUGUGAUUAAGUUGAUGCUAGGCCAGUAAUGAAAAAAGGAACCACUUGAAAUUAUCUUAAGGAUUUAGAUGUUCGUGCUUCUGGAUGUCUUGGGGACGCCUGAUCUAUUUCCUUACCUGAGCUCUUGAAAGAGGAGAUAGUCCAUCAUGAUGAACGCGACGUCAGCGACAGAAGAGAUCGGAGCAGACCGUAUCUUUGUGUGUGUUGUCUUGAGUUUCUUCUGUUUAUUUGGAACUAUAGGGAAUGCCAUUGCCUUCUUCAUCUACUACAGAAAACGUGAGAAGGGCACGUCCACAAUAUUUAUCCUCAGCCUUGCAGUCACUGACCUACUGACCUGCCUCGUCGUCAUGCCUUUCACUGUCGUCUCGGAGAUUUUGAGUUUCUAUCAUUAUUACGACAUAGUCUGCAAGCUGUACCUGUUUGUCCAGACUUUUAACAUCCCACUGUCCUCACUGAUAAUGGUAGCCAUUGGCUUUGACCGCUACUUCUGCAUCUGCCACCCUUUCCUUCACGCCGUCACAGUGCCCAGGGCCAAGUGGUGCGUGGGCAUCUUGACCGUCAUAGCAGCUCUCAUCGGCAUCGUCCCCAUGCUGUCCCACGGCGUCUACCACCCAGUGGUCAGGCAGGUCAACGUGACUCUAAGCUCGCCACCUGCCCAGGUCAGAGCCUCCACCACGCCGUUUUCGGACGGACUGUUCGUGCAGCCUCUGCCUGUGUACAACGUGGACCCGGGGGAGUCGAUCAACUAUAAGACGGGCAGCCUCGACGCGCUGGCCCCGACUCCCGUCACGCCCAUGGACGAGGUCAAGCUGGACGUGGACGUUGGUCAGUGGGUGGUGCCCAUGAACGUGACAGAGGUCGACUACUUCGGCAUCUGCAUUUACACAUACUUUUUACUCAGUGAGCAGUUCGUGGACAUGUACCUCAAGGUCUACGCCUCGCUGUUCCUGGUGGAGUUCAUCGUCCUCGCUCUCCUCUACGCUCUGAUCUACAGGUCCAUUCUGGCCCGCCGUGCUUGGAAGAACAAGAGGAAGCGUACCAGCUGCUACACAAGCACCAACUGCCCCGAGACCGUCGCUGAGGAGACCCAGCUGACACACCUCAACGGCACGGCCACGGAGACGGUCCUUCUCAAGGCGCACACCGAGAAGAUGUCCACGGCCAUGAUGGACCGCGCGCUGUACGCCAACAUCAAGACGGCCGCCAUGCUGUUCGUAGUGACAGUAGUGUUCGUGAUAUCCUUCCUUCCCUCCUGGCUCAUGGGACUCAAACUCUUGCCCUUCAGCUACAUAGCAUUUUACAUGUUUUACAUCAACAAUGUGGUUAACCCUAUAAUCUAUGCCUUCAUGAACAGGACUUUCAGGGAUGAUUUGGUGCAACUGCUGAGAUCGUGUGUGCGGCGCUACUAAGAACGAUAACAAGAAAAAAAAAGUAAUUACUUCAAGGGACAUCAUCAUGGUGCUGGGCGGUGUAUGACAAAAACCUCCCAAAUUUGUGAAUUGUAUGAAUGCGUAUUCGGUUUACUAGUUUAUAUAAUCUAUAAUUAAACUUUAUAAGCAUAUUAGGAAUAUUAAUGCAUAUUAGGUCAACAUGUUUAUAUAAUUAUGGAUGCAUUCGACUAUUUUGUAGAGAUUAACCCCCUCGUGUGUAUCUUGCAUAUAUUUGUGUCCUGUGUGUAUAUUGCAGGUGAAAAGUCAAUUCCGGUCAAUUAUACAAAAUAUUAUGUUCAGGCAAAGUAGGAAAUCAUUUCAUCAUGAUAUAUUUUGCCUAGGCAUUUAAUAGAAUGC